GUUUUUAGAGUGAUUGAGUAUAUAAAAGCUAAAGUUAACAUAAAAAUUGUCUUUCUUCUCUCCUCUCUCUGUUUUUUCUGCGAUUCUCUAUCUAGAUUUCUCUUUUCGAAUCACAAGAAUACUUCAAAUAUCAAACGAUGGUCGAUAAUAAAGGAAAGGUCCUCCUCGCUUAUUCUGGUGGUUUAGACACCUCAGUCAUUUUGGCUUGGUUGAUUGAACAAGGAUACGAAACAUUAGCUUAUAUUGCUGAUGUUGGUCAAGAAGAAGAUUUCGAAGCUAUUAAGGCUAAGGCUUUGUCUGUUGGUGCUGCUAAAGUCUUUGUCGAGGAUCUCAAAGAAGAAUUCGUCAAAGAACAAAUCUUCCCUGCUAUUCAAGCUAAUGCUAUCUAUGAAUCUGUCUACCUCCUUGGUACUUCUUUAGCACGUCCUGUCAUUGCUCGUAAACAAAUUGAAAUUGCUGCUCGUGAAGGUUGUCAAUAUGUUUCUCAUGGUUGUACUGGUAAGGGUAAUGAUCAAGUUCGUUUCGAAUUGGCCUAUUAUGCCUUAAAUCCUGAUAUUCAAGUCAUUGCUCCUUGGAGAUUGCCCAUCUUCUUUGAACGUUUCGCUGGCCGUAGCGCUCUUUUGGAUUUUGCUGCUGAAAAGGGUAUUCCCGUUGCCCAAACCAAAGCAAAGCCUUGGUCCACUGAUGAAAACUUGUUCCAUAUUUCAUACGAAGCCGGUAUUCUUGAAGAUCCCAAUGUUACUCCUCCCAAAGAAAUGUGGAAGCUUACCGUUGAUCCCGAAGAUGCUCCCAACACCCCCGAACGUAUUACUAUCAGUUUUGAAAAGGGUAUUCCUGUCAAGGUUGUCAACCACAACGAUGGCUAUGAGGUCACCGAGCCAGUUGCUCUUUUCACUUACCUCAACACUGUGGCUCGUCGUAAUGGUAUUGGCCGUAUCGAUAUCGUAGAAUCUCGUUUCAUUGGUGUCAAAUCCCGUGGUUGCUAUGAAACUCCUGGAGGCACCAUUUUAAGAACUGCUCAUAAGGAUUUGGAAGGUUUGACAUUAGAUGGACAAUUGCGUGCUUUACGUGAUCAAAACAUUACCGUACCUUAUGGCCGUGCUCUUUACAACGGCCAAUACUAUUCUCCUGAAUGUGAGUAUUUAGCCAAGUCUAUUGAGUUCACACAACGUAAUGUGACAGGCGAUGUCAAGUUGAAGUUGUAUAAGGGUAAUACUGUUAUUGAAGGUCGUGUCGCUCGCGGCAAUGGUGCCAAAUUAUACGACAUGCAAGAAUCUUCAAUGGAUGAGCAAGGUGGCUAUAAUCCUCAAGAUGCUGAUGGUUUCAUCAAGGUUCAUUCUAUUCGUCUCAAAAAAUGGACUCCUGCUGAUAAGCAAUAAAGAGGUCAGCAAAGCUACUUGUGUCGUGAUGUAUUUUUGAAGUAUAUCUUUUUCUGUAAAAAACAAAAAUUAAUUUAGACUAUUCUGCAAAACAAUGAGCUCUCGCACACUUUCUAUAUUAUAUAUAUAUCCUUCCUUUCCUUUGACUCUGUAUCAUCCUGUUUCAUGUACAAAAAAUUUGAAUAAAAUGAAAACGAUAAAAAUGUCGUUUUUGUCUAUAUGACUUACUAUAUUUUGAAC